AUGAUUGUUGGUGCUUUUACAUUAGAUGAUAACAUUCUUGGCCCUGAUGCCUAUGUCGUUCUUAUUAAUAGAUGGAAUGCCCUAUCAGAUGACGAAAAAGAAGCAACAUUUCCACGAGUUGCGCCAAAUUUUAUUGUAGAACUGCGUUCCAGUAGUAGUACAUAUAUAAGUUGUCAUAGGAAAAUGUUAACUUGGAUGAAUGCAGGAGUUGAAGAAGGAUUAUUAAUAGAUCCAAUUGGAAACUCACGAACAGUGAGAAUAUAUACCUGUGAUACAAAUACAAAUAAUAUCAUUUGGCAAGAUCAUAUUAAUCCUCAAUCCGUUACUUCCCAGCAAGCAAAAGCGUAG